AUGGAGGCUGAUAAGGAAAAUGUCAACAGAUUAAAAAGUAAAACAAAAAUCCCUCUGCCCGUGCGCCCGUUACCCGCUCUGCCGACUCAUUUGCUACAAAAAAAACUUCAAGAAAACCCCAAUCAUGAAGAGCUCAGGUUCCCAUUAAGAACUAUCAAUUCAUCGAGCUUAUUAGCUGGACCUAGUAAACUGCAUGAAAACGUUAUACCGAGAAAACAUAAGAUUCCACCACAAGUUAAUACAAGGUAUGUAACUCUCAGAAAAAGAAGCGAAGAUUUGGACUGGGACUACAAGGUUUUUAAAGAUGACACGAAUAAUGACAAAGACAGUAGCAUAAUUUCAAUUAGCGACGACGACAGUGUCCAAGAAAAUGACAAAAAGCAUUACAAUUUUUUUAUCGAUCAAAAGCAGCGCAAUUGUCUUGGCGAGGCGAAGAAGGCGGUGACUCCCGUUCCUAAACCAUCCCCCUUAGAGCCGAAUAAAGUGAGAAAUAUUAAGAGGAGUUUGAAGAGGCCCCACAGCCGGGAACUGCAGGGUCUUUCACCGGUUGCACAGCCGGAGAGAAAAGGAGAAGAGAGAUUCAAACGGCGCCUGAAUUUCAAUGAGCGAUUGUAUGACAAAUUGAAAUCUCCUGAUUAUUUCAAGAAGUGUUAUACAAAAUGCAUUGAGAGGGAUUAUUCAAAGGACCUGUUCUCAUAUUUGUUGAGCAUCGAGCGAAGAGGUAUGGUGCCGAGGAUACCCAGCAUAACUCGUGCUUGCAUUCUGAACUGGCUGAUGAAAGUUAACGGUCCGGACGGUAACCCGGCGGUCGUCCAAACCGCUGCUUGGUACCUGGAUUCCGUGCUGAGCGUGAGCAGCGUGCAGCUAGAACACCUGCAGCCGGUAGCUGCAGCCUGCUACUGGAUCGCGCAGAAGUUACACGGCCCAGUGGCCCCCGCUUCCAAUCUAAUAAAGUGCUCGAACAAAGCCUUCAGCUCGAAACAACUGAUGGGCGCCGAGAAGGCGAUAUUAAAUAAAUUGAAAUUCCCAUCGCAGCCAGUCAUCCCUCAGGAUUACAUAACGUACCUAUCCUGGUGUUCGGACGACGCGUACCCAGGCGAGGUCGAAGUGGCGGCAACCUUCCUAUGCAUGUGCGGGCUAAUGGUCGACAAGUCGCUGUGUUCGCAACUCCCAUCGGUGGUGGCUGCCGCGUGCGUUAGAAAUGCCCUUCUGCUGUUGAGCAAGAGGGAUUCCAUGAAACAGCUUCAAAUGUCCCCGGUCUAUCAAGCUGCCGAGAAGAAGGCAUCGAGUAUGUGCUCCGUUUGCUCAGUGCUUCGCAGGGCUGUACGCUUAGUGGCUGGUCCGACGUACGAGUACAAGGCGCCCCUGGAGCACUUUGGGCUGGGCCCGAACUUCACAGCGCAGAAGGUCGUCAGCUACGCGAACGAGCUCGCUAUUCUAGACGCCAGAUGUACGGAGAAUGAUUAU